AGAAGAAGUAUACAUCCGGAUGAUGUUGCUGUUCGGCAGUGGUAAACAACUAACGCUAAAGCAUAAUCUUUUUUUGUUGAUUUCAAAAACUUCACUGAGCAGAAAUGGCAUCUCAGAUCCCCAUAACUGUGAGGGCUCAGCCGGCAGCUGCCAGCUCCGCCGCUAACCGGGGAAAGAAACGACCCGGGAGUCCGGCAGUUUCAGCCGCUUCACAGGCCUCCGGGAGCGGCAACAAGAAGAAGAAAGGACAGCUGACAACGGCACCAGCAACCCAAACACCGGUUACAGCAGUGGAGUCUGUGGCAGAGCUGAAGGCUGCAGGAUCAGCAGAUGUUGGUCCUCUUGUCCCCACAGAGUCCACAGCAAAGCCUCCUCCUUUUAAAGACCCAAAUUUUAUGCAUUCAGGGAUUGGUGGAGCAGCAGCAGGGAAAAAGAACAGGACCUGGAAAAAUCUCAAACAGAUCCUGGCUUUGGAGCGGACGUUACCCUGGAAGUUCAAUGAUCCUAACUACUUCAGUAUUGACACCCCCCCCUCCUUGUUGCCAGCCAAGAAAUACUCUGACAUCUCUGGUCUGCCUGCAAACUACACAGACCCUCAGACAAAACUACGCUUCACAUCCUCGGAGGAGUUCUCCUACAUCCGCCUCCUCCCCACAGAUGUUGUCACAGGCUACCUGGCACUGCGAAAGGCAACAUGCAUUGUACCCUGACCACUGAGGAAGGCUUAAAUCUUGAAAAAAAAAGGUUGAACCAGAACUGAACUCAUGUCAGGGGUAAAAGCUCUUGGACCAGGCAGGAGAUUCCUGGAGGCGAGCUGCUGUCAGACUGGCAACCAAGCUCUGCAGGCCAAUGCAAGAAAGACGGCUGGCACUCAAACAAUGGGAACUUCCGUGUGUUUGCACUGCUGUUAUCAUAAGGGCAGUUUUAUAGUUGCUGCUUUGUGACCAAUUAAUGGGACAUUUGUAAAAAUUAUAUGUUUACAUGUUACUAGAGGGACUGCUACCUCUAGCUUUUGAGCUGCAAUGCAGUUUUUCUAUUUCUGAUUGAUUUAUUGACCAGAUCAGAGAAAGAACAUCUAAAGUUGUUAAGGUUCAGAAAUCAGCAAAAAGAUGCUUCUCAACUACAAUUCUUUUGAUGAUGUUUCACAGUUUACACACAUUUAAGCCCCUGGGCUAAAUCUCGAGUGUAUUGGUUCCUCUUGAACUUCAUACAAGCAUUUCUGGUGUGAUGCCCUCUUGUGGUAGAACAUUUGUUUACGGUGAUGUAAACACAUUCAACUUAAGGUAGGCAAAAGUCUGAGAGAAAAAUGUUACUAAGCAGCUGAAAUGUGUCUUACUUUAAUUUUAAAUAUGAUCCACUAAGCCCAUUAAACUCCAUUUCAGUAUCUCAUUCUCAUCUGUGCUUUUUUCUAUAUUUGUUUUUACAUGCCUCUUCUGCUGGAAAUUGUUGAAUAAAAUUACUU